ACACAUUCGGAUUACCUUAUGCAUUACAAUUAGUGAUUUCAAGUGUAGCGGCGCUGGUCUCGCGAAUGGUGGAGGUGUCAUGAGCACCGUGUGCACGAGACGCGACACAAUUAGAACACUCCCAUUAGAAUCAACGACAUCUUCGCGCGCUCGCAUUGUAGCUUCGUUUAAUAUAAUGAGUGUUCUUGUUUUGUCCCUUCGCGUCGAUCGCUUGCAGUGUAAAUGGGGUGUUACAGCCUGUUGGCUCAUGUGUGAUUAGCAUUAGCCAGUUAGCUUUAGUGAUGGGAAGUCCGACUGGUUUUUGCGAAUCGGUUCUUUUGAACAGUUCGUUUCAAAGAACCGAUUAAAGGGAUUCAGCUAUUCUGUUCGCCAUCAUGUAAUUGCGUCAUCCCGUAGUCACUAAUUUUGUCAAUUUUGAUCAUAUUAAUAAUUAUUAAUAAGUUUAUUGUUAUGUAAUGUGUCUUAUUUCAGUUGGUGUUUAAAAACAAAGCCAUUUAUAACUUUAAUUUGCUACUGCAGUAAAAAAAACCUUCUUUUUAAGCUGUCAAGUCAUAAACAUAUUUGCAGUACAUUUUAAUCGUGACAUUUCUGCUAUUCAGCUAUUAAAGUAAUUGACAUUGCUCUUAAUGUCAGCUCACUCAUCGGCUGACUGAUUCAGUCCGAUUUGUGGAUGAAUCGCUCGGUCUGUUUUUUUUUUUUUGUAUUUGUGUAUUGAAAAGAUCCGAUUCAAAAGAACGAUUCGUUCACAAAUUGAACAUCGCUAAGAACCAUUUAAACGAAACACAAGGCGCGCUAGGAGUUGCGACAAACCCUCCGACAUGUUAUCGAGUGGUUAACAUGGUUGUUGUGGCUUUAUUAAAUACUAAUGGGGAUUAAUUUUACUGUGGAGACCUUUCUGAAAAUGCUUAGAGAGGAAACGCAUGCUAGCUAGCGAAGUAACACAGGAAGUAGUUGAUCUAAAAUGGGAGACGAUCGACCUUUUGUCUGCACUGCCCCAGGCUGUGGACAGAGGUUCACCAAUGAGGACCAUUUGGCAGUGCACAAACAUAAGCAUGAGAUGACGCUGAAGUUUGGACAAGCCAGAACAGAUACAGUUAUUAUAGCAGAUCAGACACCCACUCCCACCCGAUUUCUUAAGAAUUGUGAGGAGGUGGGUUUGUUUAGUGAGCUGGCUGGCUCCUUUGAGCAAGAUCUUCGCAAAACACAGGAGGAGGAGGAGAGAAGAAUUAAGGGCACGCUUCCAGCUCUACAGACGCCUACAGAGGUUAAAGAGAGGGAGGGGCCUCUUGAAAUUGACUCCUCCCCUCCAGACAGCCCUGACUCCACCUCCAGCAUGACAAACAGCAAAGAUGCAGUUGCCAUGGCAAAGGAGCCUAUUGCCUUGAGGAAAGCUAAGGAUGUUCCUCCACGAACUGCAGCAAGUUCCACCCCUACACCAACCAUAGUGCGCCCAGGCUCGCUCCCACUUCACCAAGGAUUCGACUCCAUGAACCCAACUCAGCCUUCUCCCACCUCUGUUAUCACCAGGACCCCUCCGUCAAACAGACUCAGCUCACCGUCUGGUUCUUUUCCUAUGCUGAUGCAGCUUCCAAAUGGUCAGACUGUUCCUCUGCUGCCCAGUCCAGGGCAGACUUCAGUCAUAUCGCUUGCCAGAUCAUCAAACACAGUGCCCAAUAUCCCAGGGAUUCCAGGCCCUCCUAUUGGUGGAAGCAGCAGUGGCUCCUCCUCUCCGUCUGGAUACAGUACACACUCUGAUGCCAAGACGAGGCUAAAAGCAGCACUAUCUCAGCAGAGUCCUAGUGGACCAGCACCAAUACAAAAAACAGAUCACACUGAGACACCAUCACCUGCUCAACCACAGGUAUCCCCUGCUCCCCCAAAAGGUGGCCGUAGACGACGGGGGGCAGAUAUUGAACCGGACGAGCGCAGGCGCCGUUUUCUUGAACGGAACAGAGCCGCUGCUUCCCGUUGCCGGCAAAAACGGAAAGUGUGGGUUAGUGCCCUGGAGAAACGCGCCGAGGAGUUAGCUACUGCUAACGUCACGCUCACUGGUGAAGUGUCCCAUUUGAGGACUGAGGUGACCCGCCUGAAGGAGCUGCUGUUGGCCCAUAAGGACUGCCCUGUUACUGCCAUGCAGAAAAAAGCAUAUCUCGCUGCAGGAGUAGAUGAGAGUUCGGUGUCGGCGUUGGUGAUGCCCGUGUCAGUCCCGGCUCCGGUGUCUGUUAACGGUCUAAGCGUGCGUGCGGCGGAGGCAGUUGCUGUUUUAGCGGGAAUGGGCUCGGGUCAGUGGAGUAGCACGUCUGGAGAUGCUUCCUCCCAAUCACAGCCCACAUCCAGAUGAUGAGCAUGUCUAUCAGCCAAUAAGAACUAAAUAUACUUUGAGGCUUUCAAAGGAGCGAAUCCCCAUUUUCCCCUUCAAAACUCUCAGUCACGGUGUGUUUGUAAAUUCUCUCAUGUGACAAAUGGGAACCAAUGUUAUCCUGCUCACCCGUAGCCUAUCACAGACUCUCCCCGGGCGAUCGUGGCGACAUCAUAGAACGCCCCUGUCAGACUGCACAGACUAGGAAGCACCGCAGUGGAAAUGAAUUCUCUUCUGUCAUCUCUAUAAAAUACACCUUUACCUGAACUUGUAUAGAUAUUCUCACUAAUGCAUUCAAUUGAUAUUUGUCUCGUUUGCAGAUAUUUCUAAUUAUUUUGCAUUUUAUUCAAUGGUUUUUCUAAUAUAAUGAUUCGUUGCAUGAUUCUGGCCACAUUAGAAAGAUGAUUAUUACACUAUGCAGAUAAGUUUAACACCUUCUUUCUCAGUCUCUCUUGGUGACGCUUUCUCACACUUACUCACUCUCACCAUUUCCUUUUCUCUCUCUUCCACUCUGUCUUAAAUUUAUUGUCGUAUCUAAAGUAAUUUCUCUCAGGUCUGUGCUUCUGUGGCUGUUUUGGUGAAGAUCGUGUCUCACAUUAGCGUAACCUGGCACCGCAGAAUGGACUCGCAAAAGCUUAAGAAUGGAGAGAAAAUAUAUUUUUAUAUUUGAAUAUCAUGAUUAUCGGUUUGUCUGCAUUUUGCAAUAUAAUAUGGAUGUAACGGGUAGCGUAACCACGUGGACAUGUUUUAGAUCAGUGCGAUUAUGAUAUGCUCUGCUGAAUUAUAGGUAUCUUUAACCAAAAUGCAUAAAUCCUUUUACAUUAGAGGUUAGACCCCAAAGUUUAAGUGCAUCUGGUCUCAUAACAGGGAACACGCGCACACAAAAACUCACACGUAGUGACUCUUGUGCUUGCCUUUUGUGAAUGUACAGUAGUUAACUAACCCAGCUAUGAAUGUGAAGUCUUGUUUCAAAAUGGUUGAAAUGCUUUUGAGCAAAGUUGAGUUUUAGAAAGGUGUUAUAGAAAUAAAACAUUAUUUCUUUUUUGGGGCCUGAAAGACUGAAAGCCACCCUGAAUGAAUUUCAUCUGGUGCGCAUAACUAACAUGUAUCUUAAGUUGUAUUUUAUUGAACCGUUCACGCCUGAUCACUUUUUCAGUAGGAGAAUCUGCAUUAGUUUAAACAUGGCUUUUUUUUUUAAAUCAAAACCAUUGCAAUUUUUAUUUUUUUUAAACCAACUUGGAAUAACUUUUUUUUUUUUUUUUUUUUUUUUAGAUUUUUAAAAAAAAAAUAUGGAAGCUCAUUUAUGUACAUAAGAAAAAAAUCAUAAAUUGCUAUCAUUAUUGUGACAAUUAUGACAUAAAAGUUGAAAUUAUGAUAUACAAAGUCAUAAUUUUGAGAUAAAAAGUAUUACUUAAAUAUUACUUAACUCAUAAUUCUAAAUUAUGACACAAUUAAAAUUGACAAAAAACCUGUCAUAAAUGACUUUAUCUCAUAAUUUUGACUUUUUAAUCUUAUAAUUAUGAUUUACUGAAGCAUGACUUUUUUUCUUAUGUUGAGGAAUCGGGCUUCGAUAGGUUUUGGACAAAUGCAUAUGUUUUCCUCUCAUAAUGUGUUUUGAUUAGAUGGUAUGUAGACUAUUUACAUAUUAUUUUAAUGAUCCAACCAGCCAUAUCAGUUUCUGUCAUUGACAUUUUUUUUGCAUCUGGAUUUAUCAUAUUUGGAUGUAGAACGUACUGCUUUCCACAGUGUGUAUUACUCGCUGAUCCCAAAUUGUGUAAUGUGUCGGUGAAGCCCUUAAACAAGAGCUGUAAAUAUGAAAUUAGUGUCAGCAUACAAACAUUGCUUACUGUAUGAUAUUGACUAACUGAUACGGUCCUUAAGAUAUGUUAUAAUUAAACAUUGAUAGAACUCUA